AUGGAUUUCUGGGCCUCAACACUCAUAAAUGUCCUUCGAGACAUACAAGCAUUUAUUGCCAUUGAUCACACCCGAUUACCUGUUAAACUCAUUGUCAUUGAUUCCAUUGCUGCAUUAUUCAAAUCACAGUAUCAGACAACACCGGCAGAUUUGAAACGGCGGUCUGAAAUGUUCUUCAAGAUACUUGGGACAUUGAAGGCUUUAGCAAAUAAAUUUGGGUUGGCGGUGGUUAUCACCAACCAAGUGGUGGAUUUUAUUGGGCCACAUGAUGGAGUGAAUGGGGUGAGGUUGGGAAACUUGGAGUGCCUGCACACAUCAGGCAGACGGGUGAGUGCAACUUUGGGACUGGCUUGGGCACAUUGUAUAAAUUCAAGGGUGUUCUUAGCAAGACAUCUGCAAUCUGUUGGGGUUAACAGUCGUAAUGCUCCUUCACCAACUAUAUCUACUCAAACGCAUAGGACAUUUGACCUUGUAUUUGCCCUCCAUUUGCCCCAUGCAUCGGCUGAAUUUGUAAUAAAAAAAGAAGGUGUAGUAGGAGUAUCACGGUAA